GCCAUAAAUAAAAGGAAGAAGAAGAAGAAGUAGUCUGCAGGAGGCGCUGUCUUACAGUAAAUGGUCAUGACGUGAACUGGUCGUCAGAGGGCAAGAGUCACACACACAAGGAAUGUAAAUGUCUGAGAACAAGGAAGCCCAGGAGGAUGAGCUACUUGCUUUAGCAAGUAUCUACGAUGAGGAGGAGUUUCACCGGGCGAAGUCGGCCCAGGGGGGAGAGAUCCAGCUGUGUCUGGAGCUUCCUCCUGACUUCAAAAUAGUUUUCAAAGGAGAGAAGGAAACUGAGCAUAACGUUUGCUUCUUGCCUCCUCUGGUGCUCAACUUUGAGCUUCCUGCAGACUAUCCCUCCACGGCUGCACCUGAGUUCACCCUCAGCUCUAAAUGGAUGAGCAAAGCACAGAUGACGUCUCUGUGUCGACGCCUGGACGAGCUGUGGGAGGAAAACCAGGGCUGUGUGAUUCUUUUCACGUGGAUCCAGUUCCUCAAAGAGGAGACUCUGGCCUUUCUGGGCAUUCAGUCUCCGCUGGAAGUCAUCAAGGCGGCGAGUGAGCGAAGGAAAACCGACCAUGCAGCCACAGCGUUGGCUCAGAGCGGCGGCCUCUCCGAAAAGGAAGAGGCGAAAAAGGAAAAGCUCUCGUCCUCCUCCUCCUCCCACGUGGACGACCCGCGGGCCGUGGUCCUGAUGGACCCGCGCGCCGACCUCCUACCUCAGCUCCUGGACUUCGACGAGGCGCAGCGGCAGCGGGCGUUCGACGGGAAGGUGUUCUGCUGCGGGAUCUGCUUCGCGGAGAAGCUGGGCGCCGCCUGCCUCUGCUUCAAGGACUGCCAGCACGUCUACUGCAAGGCCUGCGUGAGCGAAUACUUCCAGAUCCAAAUACGCGACGGCAACGUCCAGUGCCUUAACUGCCCCGAGCCCAGAUGUACCUCUUUAGCCACACCGUUGCAGGUGAAACAGCUGGUGGACGAGGAGCUGUUCGCCCGAUACGACCGUUUACUGCUUCAGUCCACGUUGGACCUCAUGGCCGACGUGGUCUACUGCCCCCGUCAGUCCUGCGGCACCGCUGUCAUGGUGGAGCCGGACACGACCAUGGGCAUCUGCUCGGCGUGCCAGUACGCUUUCUGUACGCUGUGCAAGCUGGGCUAUCACGGAGUCUCCCACUGCAAAAUCCAUUCAGAGGACCUUCGUAAGCUGAAAGACGAGUACCUGUCGGCGACGCCCGAGGGGAAGAAGUUCAUGGAGAAACGCUUUGGGAAGAGGGUGAUCCAGAAAGCGGUGGAGGAGUCGUUCAGCAGAGACUGGCUCAACGAGAACUGCAAGAACUGCCCCUGCUGCGGGACAAACAUACAGAAAGUGGACGGCUGCAACAAGAUGACCUGCACCUCCUGUAAACAGUACUUCUGCUGGUUGUGUCUGGGCGUCCUCAGCAAAGUCAACCCCUACAGUCAUUUUAACAACCCGCACUCGCCCUGUUACAACCAACUCUUCCUCGGUGUAGACGUCGAAGUUGGUUUCGACGACGAAGACGACUUCUGGAGCGACGAGGAGGACGACUGACCCCGGCGCCUCAUCCUCCACCCUCCAUCUGAAUGCACUUUAUCUCUCAUGCAUCCAUCGGCCCAACUCUGAAUCUCACUACGCCUGCGUUUGGCCUAGAAACGCCACAACAACUACAACCACUGUUUGUGUUUCCAACAUCAACAGGGGUCUGUUUUUUUUUUUUUCACCAUAUAUAAAUUAUUGUAAUAUUCAAUAAUGUCAAGAACAGUUCUGGCUUUUAUUCUAGUAGUGAGGAAGUGAAAGAAAGGGUGAAGGUUACAAAGGGAUGUGACUUUGUUUGAGUUUCUCUUCUGUGUAGAGUAGAUUACGUCUAUUUUCUUAGAUCGCGACAUCUUGCAGAUUUAUCGUGAAAAAGAUUUGAGAGAGGAAACGCCGAACCGAGCUCAAUUUGAUGGAGGCUCCAAAUUGAUUAAUAAAAUAAUUUUAGUGUUGCAGGCAAAACAAAAUCUUAUGCUUUUGUCCUUCGCUGUCAUCUCGCCUACUUUUAUAAAUUAUCUGAUUAGACUUUCGGACUUUCAAGGUGAUUAUUAAAGUGAAUUACAGUGGAGACAGAUGCAGCGUGUUGAGCAUUUUAAAUGACAGAUUUUUAUGUUUUAUUUUGAAAACUAUGAUUUGCUUCUUUUUUUAUGGGUUAAUUUACAGAAAUGUGCUUUCUGCAAAACCAUGUGAUAGAAAGUUCAGCAGGUUGAAUAGAAAUAAUGAUUUCAUCGGUUUGGUUGUGAUAUGAUUUAAUUCUGUUGGAUAAAAAAAAAAAAAUAAGUGAAUUGAAUCCUCAUAAAGUUGGUUAUGGAAAGAUUUGUUCAUACUAAAUAAAACUGUUAAUGUUGCCAAAUAGUAUCAUAUGAAAGCAAGGCCAUAGAAAUGUGACAUUUCCAGAUACGAAUGAUCAUUUUGUAUUAAUAUUUAUUUUACAUUUGUCAGACAUUCAAAAUCAGGAGGUUCUGGUUGAAGCCUGAUUAAUUUUUUUUUUUUUUUUAAUUUAAUUUAAUGAUUUGCUCCUCGGUGCUUCAAAAAACACGCUGUUACUUUUGAAAACCGUCGACGUCUGAAUCGGUUUUAAAAGAAAGAAAAAUAAAAAAGUGACUCUGUUCUGUCAUAGGUUCAUUUCCCCAUCGAUUCAGACCCAGUGUCUGGUUGGAAGACAUUACCUGCAGAAUCCUCUAAAGUUCCUCCAAAUAAAUAUUAAUACAUAACAA